AUGGAACUCUGGGAGCACAGAUUCCCCCGCCGCUCCAGGGACUGCAGGUUCCCCUGCGACCUUAGGGAGCCCAGGUUCCCCCGCCAAACUAGGGAGCCCAGGUUUCCCCGCCACCUCAGGGAAGCCAAGGUUCCCCCGCCAACUCAAGGAGCACAGAUUCCCCCGCCACUCCAGGGACUGCGAGUCCCCUGCGACCUCAGGGAGCCCAGGUUCCCCCGCCAAACUAGGGAGUCCAUGUUCCCGGCCACCCAAGGGACCACCGAUUCCAACGCCAUCACAGGGAGUCCAGAUUCCCCCGCCACCCAAGGGAGCCAAGGUUUCCCCGCCACCCAAGGGAGCCCAGGUUCCCCCGGCACCACAGGGAGCCCAGGUCCCCCGCCACCCAAGGGAGCCCAGGUUUCCCCGCCACCUCAGGGAAGCCAAGGUUCCCCCGCCGCCCCAGCUUCCCCCGCUAACUCAGGGAGCCCAGGUUCACCCGCCACCCCAGGUACCCCAGGCACCCCAGGUUCACCCGCCUGCUCAGGCACCCCAGGUUCACCCGCCUCCCCAGGUUCCCCCUUCUCCCCAGGUUCACCCGCCACCCCAGACACCCCAGGUUCACCCACCACCCCAGGCACCCCAGGUUCACCCGCCUCCCCAGGUUCACCCGCCACCCCAGGCACCCCAGGUUCACCCGCCACCCCAGACACCCCAGGUUCACCCGCCUCCCCAGGUUCACCCGCCACCUCAGGGAACCCAGGUUUUCCCACAUCCCGGGGAGCCCAGGAUCCCACGCCACCUCAGGGACCCUUGGGUUCCCCCGCCACCUCAGGAAGCCCAGCUUUCUCAGCCACCUCAGUGAGCCUAGGUUCCCCCGCCACCUCAGGAAGACCAGCUUCCUCAGCCACCCAGGCACCCCAGGUUUCCCCGCCACCUCAGGGAGCCUAUACUUCCCCCGCCACCUCAGGGGGCCCAGCUUUCUCAGCCACCUCAGGGAGACAAGAUUUCUCCGCCACCCCAGAUUUCCCCGCCACUACAGGGAGCCCAGUUUUUUCUGCCACCCCAGCUCUCCCUGCCACCUCAGGGAGCCAAGCUUUCUCCGCCAUCUCAGGGACACAAGGUUCACCCGCCACUUCAGGGUCCCUUGCUUUUGCCUCGCCACCCCAGGGAGCCCAGGUCCUGCAAGCUCCCCAGGCAAAACAGGUUCCCCCGCCACCUCAAGGAUCCCAGCUUUUCCCGCCACCCCGGUUCCCUAACUAUGGGUAA